AUUGGUGUCAGUGGGGGGACCAGUGCCCCGUCACUGGUGUCAGUGGGGGGACCAGUGCCCCGUCACUGGUGUCAUUGGGGGGGGACCAGUGCCCCGUCACUGGUGUCAGUGGGAGGAACAGUGCCCCGUCACUGGUGUCAGUGGGAGGAACAGUGCCCCGUCACUGGUGUCAGUGGGAGGAACAGUGCCCCGUCACUGGUGUCAGUGGGAGGAACAGUGCCCCGUCACUGGUGUCAGUGGGAGGAACAGUGCCCCGUCACUGGUGUCAGUGGGAGGAACAGUGCCCCGUCACUGGUGUCAGUGGGAGGAACAGUGCCCCGUCACUGGUGUCAGUGGGAGGAACAGUGCCCAGUCACUGGUGUCAGUGGGAGGAACAGUGUUCCCGUCACUGGUGUCAAUGGGAGGAAUAGUGUUCCAUCGCUGGUGUCAAUGGGAGGAAUAGUGUUCCAUCACUGGUGUCAGUGGGAGGAAUAGUGUUCCAUCACUGGUGUCAGUGGGAGGAAUAGUGUUCCAUCACUGGUGUCAGUGGGAGAGACUAUGCCCCACUGUUGCUGACAGAGGGAGGAAUA